GUCGCUAGUCGCGGUUUUCGUCGCCUUUCGUGUUCGAAUGAAUUUCCUUCUGAAUGUUGCAUCCUAUCUUGUGCCCAUGACUGUCAUCUCCAUUGCUACGGACUGUUGACCGACUUUCAGAUCAGACGAGGGGGAUUUUCUUCCCGUGCACCCUUUCGGCCGAAGCCAUCCUGCCAGCUCCGUUUGGUGAACAUUCCUUCUCCCGUUCUCUAGCAGCAGCUGCAGGAGCCGUAUCAGCUCGAGCCCAAGCGGUGGACGAAGGAAGUCUGCUCGAGACUAGAUUAGAGCGCAAUGAUGGCGACCACCGUAGGAGUGGGGUCAUUGCAUCCCGUUGCGGCCUUUAGAGGAGUGCAGAGCGCAAAUGGAACCCAGGGGACUUCGUAUUCGACGUCCCUGGGAAGCUCUAGAAGUGGGUUCCGUGGCGGGUCUGUGUCUGCCUCGCCGCCCUCGCUGCAGCAGACUCGAGCUCCCGUGCAGAAACAGAUCAUUCGUGCGAUGGCUUCUGAUCUGGCAGCACAGAUGAAGGAAAUGGCAGCCGCUGAGAAGAGAUGGGAGUCACAGGUUAAAGAAGGGAAAGUUAAAUCUCUGUCAGCAAAAGAGGCUGGAUAUGCCGUGGAUUUGUCUGGCUACACCCUUCUGGAUGUACGACCAUCUUCAGAGAGGAACAAGGCUUACGUGAAGAACUCUGUUUGGAUCCCAAUUUUUGAUAUCAAUAAGAGUUUGGAUCCAGGAACGAUCUUGAGUAAAGUUUCUAACUUCGCCAUGGGGGGCUGGUGGAGCGGUUCGCCUCUCAUGAAGUAUAACGAACGGUUUAUGCCCGAUGUUGUAGCUAAAAUUCCUAAAAGUGCGAACGUCAUAGUGUCCUGCCAAAAGGGACUGAGAUCUCUAGCAGCUUGUGAGCAACUCUACAAGGCUGGAUAUAGAAACUUGUUCUGGCUUAAUGGAGGUUUUGACGCUGCUCAAGAAGGGGAUCUAGAAAGGGAGGGACCUGAGCCUUUCAAAUUUGCCGGACUUGGUGGAGUCUCAGAGUUUCUGGGCUGGACUGAUGUUCAACGAGAAGCUGUCUCCAAGGAGGGAAUCGGCUACCGGGCAAUGCUUUUUGCCAGACUGAUGUCCGUGGUGCUGGCAGCGGAUUUGCUGUUCGUCGGUGGUCAGCAGUUAAUGAGUUACCUCCAGGAGAUGCGACACUGAUCAAUCUACGUCCUCUCACCAAAACCUUAGCGAGAUUGCCGAAUAGAGGGUUUCAUACCAUUAGGCAUCUACGUCCAUGCGUAAGUGGACUUUCGCACUUUCAGCCGGAGCAUUGUUGAUAAUUUACACGGCAGCCACGUCCUUGAGCUUACGGGGUAACAAGUGGACCAGUUGUCUUGCGUUGCACUUCUUCGAGAGUCAAAAGUAGCCAAGAAGCACCACCACAGCAAAGACUACCGAUCGUAGGAAGGUCAUACUCCUCGUGGCUAAACCUGUACUAUGGAUGUAAAAAUCUGGAAGCUAAACGUACAUACCAAUGGGCUUGUCUAUUGACAAACACCAACAC